AUGAAGCUUCUCAAUCUCUGUCUCACCUCUAUCUUUUUGCAAUACGCAAUUGCUGCUCCAACUAUUGAACAACCUGAUGUUCAAUUAGCUUACAGGGAAGAAGAACCAUUGAAGACAUUGCACACUAGAUCAGUUCCAAUUGGUGACAAUUUGGAAGCUAGAGAAAUUAUUCUUCCACUUGCUCCUUCUGUUGAUCCAUUCUAUCAACCACCUGCAGGCUUCGAAAGUCAACCAGUUGGUGCUAUCUUGAGAUACCGUAAGAGAACCAACCCAUUUGGAAUUGUUGUUGUCCCUGUCAAGAUCAAGGAUGUUUGGCAAUUGUUAGUACGCUCUGAAGAUACCUUUGGAAAUCCCAUUGCUAUUGUCACUACUGUGUACGUUCCAUAUAAUGCUAACCCAAACAAGGUUCUUUCUUUCCAACCAGCUGAAGAUUCGGCAAGUGUUGACUGUGCUCCAUCCUAUGCAUUCCAAUUGGGAGCUCAAGUCCAAACUAUCUUGACUUCUCAACUUGAACAAAUUUUCUCUCAAGCUGGUUUAGGUGAAGGUUGGUACGUUAUUUCUCCUGAUUACGAAGGUCCAAAGGCUGCAUUCGGUGCUGGAAAACUUGCAGGCAAGGCUGUAUUGAACUCUGUUAGAGCUCUUUUUAACUCCGCAAACUUCACUGGUGUUAGUCCAGAAGCUAAAGUUACUUAUUGGGGAUACUCUGGAGGAUCUAUUGCUACCGGCUGGGCUAGUCUUUUAGCUCCAACUUACGCUCCUGAUCUCACUGACAAUAAUGUUGGUUUUGCUUUAGGUGGGAUUGUUGCUGAUGUUGAACACACUGCAGAAGCUAAUAUGGGUACAGCAUUUGCAGGUCUUAUUUUUGCUGCCAUCAAUGGUUUAUGUGCCGAGUAUCCUGAUUUGAAUACUUAUGUUAACCAAAAGGUUUUCCCAAAAAUGAUGAACAAAUUCAGAUCUCCUACUAAGCAAUGUCUUAUUGAAACUAUUCCAUCUUUCCUUUUCAAUGGCUGGACCCAAUACUUUGUUGAUGGUGCUAAGACCCUUUAUUCUCCAGAAGUGAGAAAUGUUACCAGUGGCAUUAAUAUGGUUACCAGUAACUUAGUUCCAAAGUCCCCAAUGUUCUUCUACAACUCUAAGAAUGAUGGAAUCAUUCCAGCCAAAGAUGCCGACUCCUUGUACAACAGAUUAUGCCCAGCUGGUGUACCUAUCCAAUAUCAACAAAGUAUGCUUGGUGACCACAUCACCCAAUAUGUUACUGGUGCUGGCUCUGCUUUUUCAUGGAUUAAAGACAGAUUAAAUGACAAGCCUCAGACCAGCUGUAACAGAAAGUACACUUUGACUAACAUUCUUACCCCAGGCGGUAUUACUGGUUUCAGUGACAUUGUAAUUACUGCUAUUUUCAGUGCUUUGCAAAAACCAAUUGGUCCAAUCUUUUAA